AUGAUAGCAUCAGGUCUAGGCCGCAAAGCCGUUCAAGGCAUUGCUGCAGGCAUCGGCCUCGUCUCAGAAGCCCGAUCGGCCCGCAAGACCAAGAAGGAGAAUCAAAAAGACCAGUCGAGUGAAGAAGAAGUCUCCGAAACCGAUAGGGGACUACACGAACAAAGGGAACUGCCACAACAAGAUCAGUACCAACAACAGCAGUAUCAACAACAGCAACAUUACGAACAGUAUGAAACGCCCGUACCAUACGAGCUGACCGCCGAACAAGAGGCCCACCAUGAAAGAGCCCCCACUGGGUCUCUCGAGGAGCAGUGGGCACUGGAUGAGGCACAAGAAGAGUUGGUGCACUCCGCGCAGGGCUAUCAGAACACCCCGGAGAACGACCGACCACCGGAAUACGUCGAUCAAGAGGACCUUGCCCGUCAAUUUGCGUCUACAUACCCUGCACCACCACCCUAUUCGACCAUAUACGAUGGAAGUGGACCGUCAUUGCCGCAAUUGUCGGCACCAGUCGUGCUGCCACAGCGCAGACCUAAGAAUCGCGAGCGCGGCUUCAUUCGCGCGUAUGCCCCCGCAUUGAACGAGUGCGGUAUCGAUCAGGAUAUGUUUAUCGAUUUCCUCAAUACGGCGGAGAAGGCUUGUCAAGGGGCUAAAUGGCUGAAUGUGAUUAACUUGGCAUCGAUUGGAACAAUGUGGCUUCCUACUGUCACUGGAAUGGCAGUCUCUAUCGCUAUCCAGAUCGCUACCAGUGUUGCGAUCGCUGCGGACGGUCGUCGCAAAACGACUACCUUCUUUGACAAGAUGAACAAGGAAUUCUUCCAACCUCGUGGCCUCUACUGUCUCCUCAUGACUUGGAAUCCCGAAUUGCCUGAUGCCCCAGCGACGACAAUCGACCUCAACUCAUUUAUCUCCAAAGCUGCCGACGGGGGAAGUUCUAGCUCGUUGGGUCGUCUUCGUCACAAGUUCAAGUCAUCAGACGGAAAGGCCUACGGUAAUAUCUUCCCGGAGGUAGCACCCUUGAUCUUCCCCCAGAUUGAUCAACUAGCGUCCGACAAAGACGCAGAAAAGAAGUUUGCCGGAAUGAAGAAGAAAAAGGAGUUUGUCGCUGGUUACCUUGACAAGAGGGCCCAGGCCAAAUUUGCCGCCGAAAACCCCGACAGUCAUCUCACUCAAGGCCCAAAGCCAACCUUCAACUCCCGCUACGCCGACCCCAACCAUGUGGCCAGUAGCGGUGAUCCCAUCGCCCUGAUUACAGGCGGUCACCUCACCAUAGACAAGCUGAGCGCUAUGAAAGGCCGUGGUGCACGGGGAUUCGUAGACCAAUAUCAAGAGCGUCGGGAUUACGGUUCUAAUCCACCAGCGCCCCAUGGUAGGCCAUUCAGUCUAUCUGAUACUAUCAACACCAUUCGGGACUUGCGUAACCCCCAAAACGGUGCUUCGCGUGCCGGGUAUGCCGGUCCUCUACCUCUUGGUAGGGGUAGGGGACUAGAUCGGUUGGCUGGGAAUCGAGACGGCGGUGCUGGUAUUAGUCCUCUUACGCCAAUUGCUAAAUUGUUGCAGAAGAAAGUUUUAUAUUUGGCGAUUGUGAAUAUGCCAUCAGAGGAUGAGAUGAGCCGCGCUCGUGAGGCUUUGGGACAGACAGCAUGA